UAUAUAAAUUAAUUAUAUAACAAUAAAAUAUAAUUUGAUUUCCUCUCUCUCUCUCUCUCUCUCUCUCUCUCCCUAUAUAUAUAUAUAUCUAUCGAUCUACUAUUAUUUUCAGGUGGAGAAAGGAUCGUGAAAUCUUGGAUUAAUAUCGAUGUCGAUGCUCGAUUCCUUCUUCAAGAAGGGAUUCAAUGGACCCAAAUGUAAGACGCUGCUGAAGCUGACGAUUCCGCGCAUAAAGCUGCUACGUAACAGGAGAGAGAUUCAGCUGAAGCAGAUGCGCCGCGAUAUUGCGAAGCUCCUCGAGACCGGCCAAGAGGCUACCGCUCGGAUACGGGUGGAGCAUAUCAUUCGGGAAGAGAAUAUGAUGGCAGCACAAGAGAUUAUCGAGCUUUUCUGUGAGCUUAUUUCCGUCCGCCUUCCAAUUAUUGAAACACAGAGGGAAUGUCCUCUAGAUUUGAAAGAAGCAAUUUCCAGUAUAUGCUUUGCUGCGCCAAGAUGCUCAGACUUACCAGAACUACAGCAGGUUCAGAUGCUAUUUGCUUCCAAAUAUGGAAAGGAAUUUGUUGCGGCUGCAACUGAACUCAUGCCAGAUUGUGGUGUUAAUCGCCAGAUGAUUGAACUGCUAUCGGUCCGUGCCCCUUCCGUUGAAGUAAAACUGAAGUUGCUCAAGGAAAUUGCUGAAGAGCAUGAGUUAGAUUGGGAUCCAGCUGCCACCGAAUCGGAGUUUACAAAACCACACGAAGAUCUUUUGAAUGGUCCAACCCAAUUCAUCAGUGGGUCCAAAUUGCCUCUUCCUAAAGAGAAACACGAUGGACCAUUAUCCUCCACUCACAUCCAAGCACCCAGUGAUCAAUCAGAUUUGGAUCCCAGCCUUGAUUCUUUAGAUCUUCCAGAAGUUCCAAAAGUUUUGCUUCAACCAGGUCCCACAACCGUCACAGCCCCAGAAAUGGCUUCAUUCCAUCCAUCGUCUGCAGAUUUGGGAUCUGAUAGUGAAGUUACGAAAUCGACUCAUCAACCAGGUCCUGCUACUGUAUCAGCCCCAGAAAUGGUUUCAUCCCAUCCAGCAGCCUCUUCAGAUUCUGCAUCUGAUGAUGAAGUUGCAAAAUCAACUCGAGCUAAGGAAGAUGUCUUGCCUGAGUAUUGUUGGGAACCUGACACCAUUGAGCCGGAGAAAUCAUUUACUUCCCCAUAUGUGCCGCCUGACACUUCAACCAGUAUAACAGAAGAAAAACAAUUCCUUCCAUUUGUCUCCUCCCCAUCCUUAUCUUCUGCAUCAUUUUCUGAGAGGCGAAGCGAGCCUGCCCGCGCCCUUUCAAGGGCCAAAAGCGAGAUAAAUGUAGACAUGCAGGAUGUCCUGGCUGCUGCUCAUGCUGCUGCAGAAACUGCUGAACGUGCAGCAGCAGCUGCACGCUCAGUGGCAAGCCUCGCGCAGGUCAGGAUCACCGAGCUCCUCAAUAGAAGAAACGGAAGUGUCUCUGAGAACAAGAACAACAUAAGCACAUUCCCUGUGGAUGGACCAGAUCGGCCAUCUGUCACAGUCACACCAGCAUUCGAUGGCCAACAAUCUUUUGCAGGUAAAGUUGCUGCAUCACAUUCAUGGGAUUCUCAUCCAGAUCAAGGAUCAGGCCAUAUGUCUGACACACCCAAGACGGAACCUGAAGCACCUGAUUCUAAAGAGCAAGUUCUCAAACAUCAGUCUGCUCAUCAACCUCUGCGAUCCACCUCAUUGGAGGAUGACCCAUAUUUCUCGUACCCCAACCUGUUUACACCACCGGACUCGAACCUCAGAUCUGGCACAUAUUCACCCGUGGACAAUUCAAGAUCUGAUCAUAGAUCUGAGUAGGAUUGUUUACUUAAAGGUGCCUUUGUUAUUGGUUCAGUAGCUAUGCUGGUGAGAUUGUUAUCAGAUUUUAUACAGGGUAUGGGUUAUGUGAGUAAUUCAGUUUUACGAGGAAAAAGAGUGUAAUAUAUGCCCUCUAUUGGUGUGCACUCUCUACAGAGCAUUAUCUAGGUGUAAUAUUUGUUAAUGGCUUCUGCAGUGGUGAAACUCAUACCAAAGCAUUAGUUACGGGACCUUGUGAUUGAAUAUUACUAUGGGGGUUGCCUCUCUUCUGCUUCA